AAAGAAAAAACAGGAUUUCCUUUUCCAAAGUCCAUUCUGUCUGUCUUCCUUAUAAAAACCCAUCUCAUCUUCUAAUUGCUAUCAUCACAGCCAAAAGCACAAGGUUCAAUGGCUAGCAAACUUCUCUUCAACCUUCUUGCUAUUUUGAUGCUUAUUACAGGAGGAAGCUCUGAUUUAACCUUCUUUAUUGAGAAUAAUUGCUUAAAUACCCUGUGGCUUGCCUCUAGCCCAUCCAAUGGUGACUUGAAUCCUGAAAAUGGACCAGGUACACUAGAAGUACUUUCCAUGCCCGAUCCAUGGUCCGGCAGUAUAUGGGCAAGAACCAAGUGCACCACUAAUGAAACUGGUUAUUUCUCUUGUGAAACUGGAGACUGUGGAUCAGGGGCGAGAGAUUGCCACGGUGCACCACCCACUAAUCCCAUUACCCUACUCAAUUUCAACAUCAACAGUAAUGCAGUCUCGUAUGAAGUGAGCUUGAUCCACGGGCAUAAUUUGGCGGUCCGCAUUGAACCGGAUGGCGGGAACUUGGUUGGUGGCGGAUCCGGGCCAUGCCCGGUUGUAGACUGUGUUCAAGAUAUAAGCAAUAUUUGUCCAUCUACACUGGUGGCUCUAAACAGGAAUGGAGCUUAUGCUGGGUGCAAUAAUCCAUGUGAUGUAUUGAAAGAUCCAAAGUUUUGUGGACCUAAUGAAUAUUCGUCACGUUUUAAGGAAUUGUGCAAUUUGGCCCAUACUUAUCCUGGUGACAAUAAUCCACCUCUUUAUAAAUGUAAUGGAGCUAAUAGUUACAAUAUAACCUUGUGCCCUUUGUAAACUUGUCAUAUGCCAAAUACCCAAUUUGGUGGCUACUUUGUGGAGUCUAAUCCAACUUAUAGUUCUCUCCCUAAAUAAGUAAAAAACUUGUAUGACCCACUUCUCUUACAACUUAUUUACAAAGUUUUUAACAAUUUUUUUAA